AUGGCUGAGCUGCAGGAUUUUAUGCUGGUGGCUGAAAAGGAUCGGGAUGAGGCAAUGCGAAUUGCUAGCGUUGUUGCGUCAAAGCUUGAGAGCAAACAGACUACACUGAUAGACAUUGUGAAGUCGUUGGGGGAAUAUAUCAAUGAUGAAGACGCCAGUAUACGUGGAAAAGCAGUUUCCUACUUGACGGCGGUGAUAAUAGCUCUCCCUGACAAAUUCCUGAGCCGACAGCAAAUCCAAGUUUUAACGACCUUCUUUUGUGCACGGAUUGAAGAUGGCGGUUCUAUCACUGGCUUGCGCACUCUUCACGGGAUGGAAUGCUUUGAUAAGUCCAUGGCUCAAGACGCAUUUCGGGCCAUUUAUCAACAUUCCACGGAAUUCCGAUCCCGCCCACAGUCACAACGAUUACAAGUCCUCCAUCUUCUAAAUGAAUUGAUGGCAAAGAGCCGAGAAGCCAUGCGUGAGAUGAAUGAUGAGUCACUUAUAGGAAUCGUGGAUCUUGUAAGCGGAGAGCGAGAUCCCCGCAAUCUUAUGAUUGUUUUCUCCAUUCUCAAAGUAGUAAUGAUGGAGUGGGAUAUAUCAGGCCAUACUCAGGUAAAGUCAUACUCUUGA